AUGGGUGAAGAGGGCUCAGAUGUCCACUUCGCAACCGUAGAAGCAUCGACGUCCCGACAAGAGAGCCCCGCUACGCCGGUUACUCCGGUGGGGCGAAUGGCACCCCUGGUCGAAAUACCUUCUACACCUCUCUCCCUUUCCAUGGAGGAAGUUCAGAAAAUGGUGAGUCAGGCCGUGCAGCAAGAUCGAGCUAGCCGAAGGAUCGCUAAAGUCUGUCCGCCUCGCAAUGUGGUACCAAGAACCCCUCUUCGGGAUGGGGGAAUGAAUGUGGGGCCCUCCGCUAGGUCGUAUAUCCCGCCUUUGAGACAGCAGCGAGGUAACCUAUUCUCGGCGGAGAUCAUGGCUUCGGAUUUGCCAGUAGGGUUCCAGGCUUUGGAACACCUGGCGUACGAUGGGACGACAGAUCCUUGGGAUCACAUAAGUCGAUUUCAGACCACGUCUUAUUUACACCGAUUCUCGGAUGGGAUUAUGUGUCGCGCAUUUGCAACCACACUGCGAGAUGCAACCCAGUUAUGGUUCGGACAGCUGGAGGAAGGGUCAGUGCGAGAUUUCGACACUUUCAGUGACAUGCUGUUAGACCACUUCGCUAGUUCUAAAAAACAGAAGAAGUCAGCUCUCACCCUCUUUGGAGUUCGGCAGGAGGAUCGGGAGCCUUUGAGAGAUUUUAUACGUCGUUUCACAAAUGCCAGCCGAGAAGUACCGGGCCUAUCCCAGGAUGUGCUCACUAAUGCCCUCAUGCAGGGGUUGAGGGACAGAGAACUGUUCAGGUCGCUGGCUAAGCGGGCGCCGUCAACAUAUGACGAGCUCUUGAAACGAGCUGAGAAAUAUGCCGCAAUGGAGGAGGCAAGGAAGAUGAAAGAAGAAGAAACCGCGGUGGCACCUGCCCAUGACACCCCGGUAAGGAGUCCCCCACAAGAGAAGAACCUCCCUAGGCAAUCGCGUCAUUUCGUAGCUCGCGCAAACCCGGUACCGGAGCAUCGAAAGCCUCAAUAUACGAGGUAUGCCGUCCUCAAUAAAUCGCCAACCCAGGUUCUGAUGGCGAUAGAGGGAGGGUCAGACAUUCGCUGGCCAACGACAUAUCAGAAGACCCCACUACAAGGCUCUCGCGACGACGGGUAUUGUCGGUACCACAAUCGGUAUGGUCAUCGUACCAACGGAUGUGGGCAUCUAAAGGACGAGCUAGAGAGGUUAGCUCGGCAGAAUCAAAUAGAUCAGUUCGUAAAAACGCAGGCGGAAGGCCACGUCGCCAUUAGGCCUGUCCAACAACCCCGACCCUCGGUCGAACCGAGAAAUCGCAUCAGAAUGAUCAUGGGAAGACCCACGGAUGAGGACUCGGACCGGGCGCGGAAAAAGUAUGUCCGAGAGGGAAGUGGGGCCUCUGAAGGUGAGCGGGUCCACCAAGUACAGGAAAGCUCGCCCACCAUUUCCUUCGGAGAAGAUGAAAGACAAGGAGUAGCUCGCCCACACAACGACGCUUUGGUAAUUACCGCGCACCUGGCGGGAUACGACGUGUCCAGAAUUUUUGUCGAUAACGGUAGUCCGGUGGAUAUUUUGUAUAAGGAGUGUUUGGACCAGAUGCGUCGGCAUUACGUCAUCCUAAUAUAUCAUGUGAAGCCCGAGAGAAAUUUAAAGUAA